AUGUCCUGGGCAGAUUUAGUUAACAAUAAUUUGGUUGGCUCUGGUAAUGUGUCUAAAGCUGCAAUUUGUGGUUUUGAUGGAUCAAUUUGGGGAAAGUCCGAUAAUUUUAAGUUAGAGCAAACGGAAGCUGCAGCAGCCGGAAAAGGAUUCCAGAAUAAGGAUGCCUUAUUGGGAACAGGUAUGAAAUUUGAGGGAGAGAAAUACUUCGUACUACAAGCAGAUGAUGAAAGAAUUAUCGGUAAGAAAGGAUCAACCGGGUUUUUCAUCUAUAAAACUGGACAAGCCGUGAUAAUUUCAAUAUACGAAGGUGGCGUACAACCGGAACAAUGCAGCAAAACAACCGGAGCACUUGCCGAUUAUUUUAAAAGCAUAAAUUAUUGA